UAUCCUUCCUUCCGCGCCGUCGGAUAUCGUCGAAAACGUGACGAAUGCGAGUGAUGCGGAGUAACAGUUGGAGGAUCAAAGAUCCGACACGAAUCAAACAAAGGGAGAUAAAUUAUUCGCGAUCUACAUGAGCUCAGAAGAGGGAGUAAAGGAUAUGGCGACCGACGUUAGAGAAGCCCGAAGAAGGAAGAUCUUGGACCGUGGUUCCGACCGUUUAGCCCUCAUAACGGGUCGGCUCCAACCCCUUCCUUCUUCCUCCCAGGAUGAAAAUGCAACCAGCUUGGGCUCAGACCCGCCGUCCCAAGUGGUGAUUCCCAGUGAUCCAGAUCUCCAACCCCAUGUCUCCAAUCAAACUACUGUUCCACUUCAUGGAGAUGAUGAAGCAUUGGGUUCUUUGCUAAAACGUGAUUCCAUCACUAAUGUGAGUGAGGUUAAUGCUUAUGAUGGCGGAAGCAACAUAACACCUUCCCCACAUCAAUGCGAGACAAGCAUUGAAGCUGUAAGAGCCGCUAGCCCAGAAGUCAGUGGCAAAGAAGUACAUUCACCUAUGGUCUCGCCCGUAGAUCAAAAUUCUUCUGCUUCUACUUUGAGCUUAGAACAACGUUUAGAGCAUCAAACACAGCAACGCAGAUUUUUCACUCCAAAUCAGAUAAGUUCUGCAAUUACAGCAUCAGAGAAUACCCGCCUUCUGUGUUCUGUAACAAUAGCCCUUUUAGUUGUGUUAUCGUAUCAAGGAUUUCCUUUACUAGGCAGCUACAUCAUAAAGACCAUAAUAAGCUUUAGGCCGCUCUAUCUACUUGUGCUGACCAAUGUGACGAUUGUGCUCGCACGACUUCUUUUUGAUAAACAAAAAGGUUUUGAAAGGGCUGCCCAAGAUGAAAAUGAAACUUCUUCACCCAAUGGAUUCGGUUGGGCUGAACAAGUGAGUAGGAGUUUGGAGACAGGUUUGGUGAUGCAGAAGGCUCUUAACGCUGUGUUCGUGGAUUGCAGUGUCUAUGCAAUUGUUGUCAUAUGCGGCCUCUCCCUUGCACAGCUAUUCAGCUAAUCAGCUGGUAAUAUUUUCGUUUGUUUAUCUUCGUCUAUUUUGGUUUAUAUCAUUGUCCGAAUGGGUCCUUGGUGACAUCGGCCAAUCUUUCCCAGAACUAAUUCUCUUUCGUGCAUUAGUUUCAUUUUACGGACUUGCCUUUGCGACUAUAAAUACAUGUCAAGAGAUAUUGGCUGGCA